AUGUCAUUAGUACAAUCUCGACUUCAAUUAUUAUCACGUGCAAACAAAUCAAUUCUUAUUACAAAGAAUAUUAGAUUUACCCCAAGAUUGGUAACAACAACAUAUAGAUCAUUUCAUGAUACUCCAAAUAAACAUAAUACCACUAUGGUAAAUACACCACCAUCAGCAUCUACACUUAAACAACAUUCCAAAGAUUCAGUACCAUUUGUUAAACCAACUAAUCAUGCUGAACAUUUAAAAGAUUUCAAUAAUAAAGAAUUAAUUUCAUUUAUGAUGAUGGGAUUAUGUACAUUAAAUAAACCAACAUUAAACUUAUGUAUUAAAUUAUUUCCUUAUAUUCCAAUGUUUAUCAUUAAACAAUUAGUUUAUCGUAUUUAUUGUGGUGGUGAAACUAUUGAUCAAGUUAAAAUGGCUGGUUUAAGAUUACAUGAAAGAGGUAUUAAUAAUAUGAUGAUUUCAUUAACAAUUGAAGCUUGUGAUGGUAAUGAUAAUAUUGAUCCUGAAUUCAUUGUUGAUGAAACUGCUAAAUCAGUUAAAGAAAUUUUAGUACCACAUACCAUAAAAAUGAUUGAAAUGGCUAAGGAUGUCAAUGAUAUUCCUCCAGGUUAUGUUGCAUUAAAACCAACUGGAUUUGCUAAAAAUGCAGCAAAUGUCUUGAGAAAUUAUAAAUCAGAUCCUGAAUGUGCUAAACAAUUUGAAGAUCUUGUAAGCAAAGCAAGUAUUGUUUGUCAAGCAGUUUAUGAUGCUAAUAUUGAAUUAUCCAAGAAAUACCCUAAUCGUGUUGCUCCAUUUGUUGUUGGAGUUGUUGAUGCUGAAAAACAUGAAUUACAAGAAGGUGUAUAUGAAUUACAAAGAAGAUUAUAUUCUAAAUUUAAUCAUUUAAAUCAACCAGUUUCUGUUGUUGGAACAUUACAAAUGUACUUAUCUGAAUCAGCUCAAUUAUUAGCUAAAGAAGAAAAAUUAGCCAUUGAAAAUAAAUAUCGUCUUGGUUUGAAAUUAGUUAGAGGUGCUUAUAUUCAUUCAGAAAAGAAUCGUGGUGUUGUCAUCCAUAAGACUAAACAAGAUACUGAUGAAAAUUAUAAUCAAGGUAUUUCUUAUUGUAUUGAUUCUAUUUUAAGUAAUGCUGGUAACGAAUCUACUGUUGGUCAUUUAGUUGUUGCUUCUCAUAAUGGUGAUUCAUUAAGAUUGGCAAGUUCAAAAGUUUAUAAUGAAGUUAAUGAAUCUAACAAAAACAAGACUAAUGUUGUUUUAGGUCAAUUAUUAGGUAUGGCCGAUGAAACUACUUAUGAUUUAAUUAAUCAUCAUGGAAUUGGUAAUGUUAUUAAAUAUGUUCCAUGGGGUCCACCAGUUGAAACUAAAGAAUAUUUAAGAAGAAGAUUAGAAGAAAAUGGUGAUGCUGUAAAGACUGAUAAUGGUUGGCCUUUGGUUAAAGCUGUUGCCCAAGUUUUGCUUGCAAAGAUGUUUGGAAGAGCUUAA